AUGUACUGUUUUAUGAAGACACCGUCCGGAGUAACUCCUCCGGGACUUACUCGGUGUCAAUUACCCUGGAGACUGCUGCAGCCGCCGUAUAGUAAGUUCUGCAUGCAGGCCCUCGGACGGCAGACGGCAGCCGAAUACGGAACGGGCGGGCCAUUUCCGAAAACCUACGCCGCCUGCGAAAUAUUAAUGAAGACCGAGGCGUCGGAUUUCGGCGAAAAACGGCAUCCGGGUCCUGUCUUUAUUUAG